AUGAUUCAAUCCCCUGUCUUUGGAUUAGCACUUGUAACCGAACCUUCUAAGUGUUCCACUAAAGGCUCUGGCCAGGCGCGAGAAAGCGAGCGAGAUGAGAAGAAGAAGAAGAAGAAGAUGAAAAAGAUGAAAAAGAAGGACAUGGGAAUUUUGCCAGCGGAAGCAAACUUUCCAAGAAUCAUAACUCCCGUCAGCGAGACUAUCGUCAACGGGAGCAUCAAGUAUUACGUGGCAUGCCAUCAGACGAUAGAUCUUUGCGACAUGCACCUCACUACAAGAGACAUGAUAUUCUAUUUCUUCGAGACCUGA